AACACUUGUAACAUGGUUGACUUUCCACUUUAAAGGGAAAUCACAAAAAUGCUAAGUCCAAUAGGAAGUUAUGCAAGACCUUGGCCAUAACCGUGACAAAUCAAUCGCAUUUAAAGCUACAGUUGAAUGAGAAGCGCUUCAAAUUUAAUUGAUCUUACUGUGAAUCAGCUCGAGUAAUUGCAUUCAUAAUUAUCUUAAUAGUGAACGAUGUACGCCAUAGCGACGCUUGACUUCUAUUCACAGCAACUUUUACCUGAGUUAGAAGUACAAUAACUAAUGGAACACUAUGUCUAACGCCAGUCUUCUUUUGCUAUUCAUGCUGCUUUGUACAUCAACCAAUUCUGAGAAACACAAAUUCCAAAGUUCAAUAAGCAAUAAGCUAAAUGUGAAAGAUUGCCCUGAAAUGCCCAUAAUGAAAAAUGUCGACAAAAAGAAGCUUUUGGGUGUUUGGUACGCUUAUGCAACAACUCCAUUGCCUUUUCGUAGAUAUCAACGACGUUGUGCCUCUUACAACGUCAAGGACAGUCCCUACUUUGAAACCAACAUUCUGUACACCAACUAUGAUUCACUUGCGAUUACUUAUGCCUGUAAUUUUAAUCCAAAGCUGGAUACUAACCAACUGAAACUACGUAUUUUAACUCGCACACGAACCCCGAUGAGUUCGACAGUACAUGAGGCGGCUAACUAUUUGGUAUCAAUAAAAUUUCCCAUCGAAACCCUGGACUGGCUUAAGUCGGACGCCUUUUGUUUUGAAUGGUAUCAGUUGAAAUUUGAAACAGAAAUGCGACCAAUAAAAUUUCAAGCCCCCUUCAAUGGGCCAGAUGACUAAAAUACAAUAUAUGAACUCAGUUUGCUGUCGAUAACUCAUGGAACUAUAAAUUAAUUGCACAAAUGUCUAAUUAUUGUUACAUAAAUUGCCAUACAAAUGUUACGAAUCGAGAAUAAAUAAAAUUGAGGAAAUCAUAUAAUGUCGUUGGACAACAUAA